UUUUAAAUCAUUUUUGGGGAAGUGUAUCAGCUCGCUAUAAAUAUCAAGCAGCUUUUGAGACCUACCUUGUGCCAUUGAGUAGAAGCUUGUGUUCUGGAAGAGCCUUUUGCGAAAGAAAACAUAUAAAAUGAAUUAUAAUACAAAUUCCAAAUCAUCUUUUCGCAGAUUAACUAUACGGUCAAAUUCAGGAUCACAAUCCGCCUAUUCCUCACCAAUUCGUCGCUCCUUCACAAAAACAACGGCCUAUUCUAUCCCAUCUACUGCCUCAAGUUGGCUGAACAAGAGCACUCCUGGAAAAAUGUCUUCUGGAGAUGACCCAUCAGACUUUUACCUAUUGGACGCUGUAAGCGAUGAAUUCAAAAGCAGCCGCACCGAUGAGAAAGAAAAAAUGAUUCACCUGAACGACCGCUUUGCCAACUACAUCGAGAAGGUGAGGUCUAUGGAGCAACAAAACAAGGUGCUUACAGCUGAACUGCAGGAUUUGAAGGGCAAAGGCAAUUCCAAAAUUGGCUCUGUCUAUGAACAGGAGAUUAGGAAACUAAAGCAUGAAGUGGAUCAGAUUUCUAAGGAUAAAACCAGAAUUGAAGUGGAAAGAGACAAUUUGUUGGACGACAUCCGCAAACUUAAAACUAAGUUGAAGAAUGAAAUGCAACAACGGGAGGAAGCUGAAAACAAUUUGUCAGAUUUCAGAGAGGAUGUGGAUGAAGCGACUCUCUUAUGUGUAGAUCAGCAACGCAAAAUCGAUGCUUUGCAGGAUGAAAUUACCUUAAUAAAGAAACUUCACGAAGAAGAAGUUCGUGACCUGGACUCUCAAGGACAAAAUCAGCAUAUCAAGAUUGACGUGGAUGUGGCUAGGCCUGACCUUUCUUCAGCACUGCAAGAAGCUCGUUCUCAGUUUGAUAAACUUGCCGCUAGGAAUAUUUCUGAAACUGAAGAAUUGUACAAGUCCAAGAUUUCAGAACUUUCUCAAAAUAUUCUUCGCAACAAUGAAGCCCUUCGCAUUGCAAAGCAAGAAGCAAAUGAUUACCGCAGGGAGGUCCAGACACUCAAGUGUGAAGUUGAAGCACUUAAAGGCGCGAAAGAUUUUCUUGAGCAUCAGAAGGAUGAAAUGGAGGAUCAGUUUAACAAGGAAUCAGCCAAAUUCCAGGAAACGGCCAUUCAAUUUGAAAAGGAAAUCCAAAAUCUGAGUGAACAGAUGAGCCACCGUUUGUCUGAAUAUCAGGAUCUACUGAAAAUUAAAAUAGCUUUAGAUGCUGAGAUUGCAACAUACAGGAAAUUACUGGAGAGUGAGGAAAACAGGCUUUCCAUGCAGUAUUCUCCAGCUCGUACCCCUUUGCACUUCCAAGAAGCAGAAUUUGAACUGGAGAACCAACCUGAAAUUCAUUCCCCCAAAAGGACACUGUCCAUGAAAACGAUUGAGAUAAGAGAUGGCGAGGUACUCAGUGAAACUUCACACGAGUAUGAACUGCAGGUGACCAGUGAACCUACUGAAUUGAGUGAAGAAGAUUAAACUUAGCUGAAUUUAUGAAUCCUGAAAAAUAAGAGUUGCAGUUUUCUCUUUGUGAAGAACAAGCUUUUAGGCUUUAUGGCUUUCUGGAUUUACUUGAAGUGCUACAUAUUAAGGCUACUUCAGAUCAUUUGAAAAAAUAGUAAAAUUUCAAGAAAAGGUACACAAGAAUAUAUUUAGUCAAAAUGGUUUGAAUUGAAUUUAAAGUCUUUAUUACUUCACCUUAACUAUUAAUUGUAAACUGUCAUCACUGCUUAACUCAAUUUUUAAGUAAAGCUCAGGAAAAAAAAUCAA